AUGUUUAAUAAGCUUUUUAUUAGCGAGGAUGGCAAGAAAAGUGAUCGAGCAGUUACGUUUGUAGGGAUCUUGUGGGCAUUAUGGGUUACACGAAAUGCGAGACUAUUCCGUUCUGAGACUGGGGACAUUCAAGCAGUUCAAACCCAAAUUUCUUUAGCUUUGAAGCAGAAUGCAAUUUACAGGCAGAAAGAUUGUGAAAACCUGGCUUUUUUACACCUACCAGAGUACAUGCAAUCCUACCCACCGGGGUUUUAUUUUGCAAAUAUAGGUAAGGAGAUUGCUCAUAUGCCAGGUUCGGUUAUUUACAUUGAUGGAGCGUGGAACAAAAUAACUUCAAGAGCUGGAAUGGGUUGGGUGCUUCAACAACCACAAACAGUAGAAACAGGAAUCAUUGGGGGCUGUGACUAUGGUCUAGGGCAUUCAGCUUUACAUGUGGAAGCUAUGGCGUGUAUGCGUGCGUUACAAUGGGCUUCGGGUUCAUCAAUAAUUGACAUAGCAGUAUAUACUGACUCAUCAACUUUAGUUGAUUUCUUGCAAGGGAAGGUUAAGUCUCAUAUCUAUGUUCGUUGGACGGUUAAUGCGAUUCUUGAGAUAGGGAAAACUUUCAAGACUUGUAUGAUUAAUAAGGUUGAUCGACGUGAUAUACAGUCUGCUCACGACCUGGCAAGAAGGGCAGCUAAGGAAGGAUUGCAAUUCUCUUCACCAUUUGGUGUUAAGCCUCAUGCUUAA